AAAGAGAAAAACGCUAGCGUUGGAACCGUUGAUAAGCUUGUUGAUGGGAACGAAGUUCAUGCUCAAGACAAAUUUAGGAAAGAUAGAGAAAAGAAAUCAAAUGGUCAGUUGGUGGAAAAGAGUAAAGCAGCUCAAGAGGAUGAAGUUUAUGAAAUACCUUCUGGAGACGACGAUUGCUCAAAAGGAAUGAAAAAAUGGCUUACAGGCUACCACCAAAGUAGACCUGGCUUGAAGGUAUUGCAACAAAGGAUUGACGAGUUUAUAAUUGCAUACGAGGAAAAACUUGAACAGGAAAAGAAAGAAAAGGAGGCUCGUCUUACGGAAGGGGGAUGGAUACUUGUUGAACAUCAUAAAGGAAGGAAAAAAACCACAGACUCCGAAAGUGGAACUACGGUAGGCUCUGUUUCCCAGGCUUCUGUGGAGGAGAAAUUAGCUAAGAAGAAGAGCAAAGAGGUCUCUGAUUUCUACCGCUUUCAAAAAAGAGAAGCCCAGAGGAAUGAACUUUUGACACUCCAAAGCAAAUUCGAGCAGGAUAAGAAGCGGAUUCAACAGAUGAGAGCCGCCCGGAAGUUUCGACCUUAUUGAGAUCCAAGAGUUGAAGCUAAUCUCUCUUUGAUGGUUUCAUCAUUGCUGCAUUUGAGAUAAGAUGGAAUCCUGACUACCCAUUUUGUGCAACAUGUGGUUUCGUACUCUACUGGAAAAUCGGGUGCACUCUUUCAACCAGAAAUUUUACAAUUAUAAUGCAUGCAUAUCACGUAAUAUAUGCACAUUUUAAUGAUCACAUGUAAAACAGAGAUUCCAUGAUAUGGAAUUAUGGUUCCAAACUGGGUCAAGUAUCACCAAAUUAUCUCC